AAGAGAUAAUCUGUGAAAGCCACACGAGCCUGAUUUGUGCUGCGACAAUCUUCAGCAGACGGAAGCCGGGGCUGGCGUGAGGCAUCCCUGGUUACCUAGUGUGUGUGGUGCCUUGUAGAAUUCCAAGCUUUAUUUCAUUUCAUUUUUUAGUUUUUAUCAAAAAGUAGAUAUAAUGAUAGAAUGAAGUGAAUUGGCUGUUUUGGACUAAUGGGAGCUUGUUUUCUGCCAUAAGAUCAAGAACUUUUCUGGAAUCCUCUGUCUUCUAAGUAGACUUGUAUUCUGUGUAUGUGUUUUCAGUUUGAAGAACAGUGACAAAAAUCCGCAAACUUCACCUCCAAAAGGGCUCUCUCUCUUUUUUGUCAAUACUUGAUGAUUUCUGCUCCCAAAUCUUAUUUGAGCUGCCUGGGCAUCGUGGUUGGAAACUGAACGUCAAAGCAUCUCCUUUGUAAUACCUGUUACAGAAAUUCUUCAGAUAACUUUACUUGCUAAUGCAGGCAGCCUUUUAUGGAUUUCUUUCAAAGCCAGUUCAAAUAAACAACUCUUUUCGCUCAAAUGGGCAAAAGUAACUCUUCAGCACCAUGGAGAGGUCUGGACAGCUUGAGAGGACAUGGGCGUGUGACCAGAGCAAGCAAUCUGACAGUGAUUACCGAGAGGAUGGGAUGGAUCUAGGCAGUGACGCCGGCAGCAGCAGCAGCAGCAGCCGCGCCAGUUCGCAGUCCAACUCCACCAAAGUGACCCCUUGCUCCGAGUGCAAAUCCUCGUCGUCGCCGGGGGGCAGCCUGGACUUGGUGUCUGCCCUGGAGGACUAUGAGGAGCCCUUCCCGGUCUACCAGAAGAAGGUGAUUGAUGAGUGGGCGCCGGAGGAGGACGGCGCGGAGGAGGAAGAGGAGAACGAGCGCGACGAGCGAGGGUACCGGGAUGACCGCUGUCCGGCCCGGGAGCCGGGGGACGUGAGCGCCAGGACCCGCAGCGGCGGCGGCGGGGGUAGAGGGGCCACCACCGCCAUGCCGCCCCCAGUGCCCAACGGCAACAUCCACCCGCACGACCCCCAGGACCUCAGGCACAAUGGCAACGUGGUGGUGGCCGGAUGGCCGAGCAGUUCUCGGGGCCCUUGCCGGGCGGCCCAGAAGCCCCAGCCAGCGGGGGUUCGGCGCGGCAGCCGGGGCCCGGCGGCUGGGGGCCUCUGCCUUCAGCCCACGGACGGCGGGACGUGCGUCCCGGAGGAGCCCCCAAUGCCCCCAAUGGACUGGGAGGCGCUGGAGAAGCAUCUGGCUGGGUUGCAGUUCCGGGAGCAGGAGGCACAGAAAAAUGAGAGAGAAUCAAUCCGACAGAAGUUGGCACUCGGGAGCUUCUUUGAUGAUGGCCCAGGAAUUUAUACCAGCUGUAGCAAAAGCGGGAAGCCAAGCCUUUCCUCUCGCCUGCAGAGUGGGAUGAACCUGCAGAUAUGCUUUGUCAAUGACAGCGGCAGUGACAAAGACAGCGACGCCGAUGACAGUAAGACCGAAACCAGCCUGGACACCCCCUUGUCGCCCAUGAGCAAACAGAGUUCUUCCUAUUCUGACAGAGACACUACUGAAGAGGAAUCUGAAUCCAUCGAUGAUAUGGAUUUCCUCACAAGGCAAAAGAAAUUACAAGCCGAAGCCAAAAUGGCCCUCGCCAUGGCCAAACCAAUGGCCAAAAUGCAAGUAGAAGUGGAAAAACAGAACAGGAAAAAGUCUCCCGUCGCUGAUCUCCUGCCACACAUGCCUCAUAUAAGCGAAUGCUUGAUGAAAAGAAGUUUAAAGCCCACAGACCUGAGAGACAUGACUAUUGGGCAGCUACAAGUGAUAGUCAACGACCUCCAUUCCCAGAUAGAGAGCUUGAAUGAAGAGCUGGUCCAGCUGCUCCUCAUCCGAGAUGAGCUGCACACGGAACAGGACGCCAUGCUAGUGGACAUCGAAGACUUGACCAGACAUGCCGAAAGUCAACAGAAGCACAUGGCAGAGAAAAUGCCUGCAAAGUGAAAAGAAGCCAUCCAACCAGAGGACAACCUAGACUUUUUUUUGCUUCUGUGGUUGUAAAAAUGCUGUUGCUAAAGGUGGCGCACAAACAAACAUCAGUGUUAGUCAUUGGUAAUGUCUGAAGCUUAACGUCCAGUGAUUGGCCUUUGCUUCUUAAUUUAUUUUAAUUUUUGUACUGUGCCACUAAAUAUCAGGCAUUUUAAUAAAAUAUUGUUACAAAAAAUGUACAGUACUUACACCAUCACAAAUCAUGGUUAAUAAAAGAGGGUAGUUUUGACUUUGUUUUUAUUCAUUUAGAGAUGUUAAGUUGGAGCAGUAUUUUACCAUUGACUCCUUUCAUUCUUCACUGUAGUUUUAAAGAAGAAUUGUAAAUGACGGUGCUAUUCAAGUCAGAAAAUACAUGCCUGCCUCGUAGUGAAAUUGUAGAUCUCCGUAAUAUGUAUAUUUGAAUCAGUUUUCAACAUUUUGUGAAUGUUGACUACCUGAAGUUCAUUUUUAGAUGUGCUAUUAACAUUCUGUUGGAUUCAGAGGGUUCCUUGAAAGUUUUAUGUAUAAAUAUGUAAAAUAAAAAUUAAAACUUUGUUUCAUAUGAU